GUAACGUAAGCUUCUCCUCCCACCCACCCCUCUCCAUCUCCAUCUCCAUCCCCAUCUCCUUCUCCAUCUGCGGGGAAUCUUCUCAGUCAUCACCCCGGUAGCGCCGGACAAGUAUGACGGGGCAGGCGCCAAGUCUCGUGUUCCGGUUCACCCACACGGAGGUCGCCAAGAUGGAGGAGGUCCUCCGUGACCUCAACGCCAUGCCCAAGGGUCCUGUCAUCAAGGGCCUCACCGACGACUUCAACGCCUCCCCGGACCGCUCCGGCGACGGCAAGGUCCCCAUCCAGUACAAUCAGGUGAGGAAUUGGUUCCAGAACCAGAGGUCCGCGCAGUCCAGGAAGAUGAUGGUGCCCCCAGUGGCCGAGGAACACCACCCAGUGGACGGAUCAUACUCAGGGAAUAGUUCUUUGGAUGGUGGCCAUGUCCAGUUUGAGGCAAAGUCAGCAAUCAAUGGCGCAUGGUACGAUGUUGCUGCCUUUCUGUCCCACAGGUUCACUGGAACAAAGGACCCGGAAGUACUAGUUCGAUUUACUUGGCUUGGACCCGAGGAGGAUGAAUGGGUUGAUGUUUGUAAAUGUGUGAGAGUGUGUUCUCUUCAAUGUGUUGCUGUGCUGCCUGGGGAUCUCAUUAUGUGUUUUAAGGAAGAUAAAGAGCAGGCCCGCUAUUUUGAUGCACAUGUUCUUCAAGUUCAAAGGCGCAGGCAUGACGUAAGGGGGUGCCGCUGCAGGUUUCUUGUUUGUUAUGAUCAUGAUCACUCUGAGGAGUUUGUUCCACUGAGCAAGGUAUGCCGUCGAUCAGUGCACCAGAAAGCCCAAAAGCCACACGAGAUGAUGGAUGUCAACACUGACAAGGUGACCGGGGGCGGGGUUCCCAUUCCACCAGAUCAAGGAGGUCCAUUUGACAAGCCGGUUGCUCCCUUACUUGACUCGCCUACUAGCACUGGCAGCAAUUCAGUGGCAGAUGUUGAGGCGGGGGGCAUGGAGGCUACCCCAAAUGGUGAAGGUGCAGAUGAAGCACAUGGCGACAAGAUUGAUGUGGGAGCGUAGCUCUUUCACUUCCUUGUGAACUUUGGUCAAAAAGAUGUUCACCUAAAAACUUCCAAUCGAGGAUGGAUGUUUGGUUGCCCAGUAACUGUAAUGUGCCCAUGUUGACUGGAUUGGUUGUGUCGGAUUGGGUAUCUAUAUCUAUAUAGGUAUGUCAUCAGAGAAGA